AUGAAUGACUGCUCUUCUCUGUUCUUUGCAACUGCGAAUACUGCUUAUCAGGAGAGGCAGAAGAUGAGACGUUCUGUACAUGAUUUGCGACGUUCUGGAUGGCGGAGAGAAGAUGCUGACAAAUUAUGUCACGUGUCCUUUGUUUAUUUUUGCCACUGUCAGAGAAAAAGAAAAAGUCUGGGGAAGAAGAAGGAAACAAAAGAUAAACAGGAUAAAAAGACGGAUGCAGAGAAGAAAGAAAGGGGCAUUAUAUAUGGUGUAGAGGAAGGAGAAGGGCUAUAG